GCGAUUACUGUUUAAGAGUCCAAACUAUUCAUUACUUGUCCAACAGAUGGCGCUUUUCUAAAUAUGGCGUCAGAGGACACCGGGCAUGUGCUUUCUAGAAAUUACCGUGUUUUCCAUCUUUGAAUAGUUUGCUUGACAGUUGUUUGAAGUUGCACGAGAUGCAAGAUAGACAACAGUGUCCUCUUUGUCUACGUGCUGGCCUGGUCAAAUACCUGCAGAGUUACCAGAUAAAUCUUGAAGAAGCAAUAGUCCUGUGUGAAAAUAAACUGUGUACAUAUCCUCUGUCUCAGAGUUCAUCCGUGACCACAACAUUUUCUCGUAGCCUUGACGAUGUCAUAUCCAGCAGGGCCAAUGAGGAGAAAGUUCAAGUCCCAGAUGCCCAGUUGGCAUUACAGACGAAAGUAGCAUCUCACAUGCGCAAGACAGGACUCCGGCUUCAAAAAGAUGCUAUCGGUAUUCAGACUGGAAGUCCACAGUUAAAGAAAAAGUUAAAGUCUCACAGAUUGCCUCAUAAGAAAAGAGGCAUAACUCCAGUAUUACUCAAACAGGCUAGUUCUGACAAUUAUCAUCACCCGCUCAAACUCCAGAAUAGUUCACGGUCAUUCCCAAACUUCAAGUCUUUCACAGAAAACAGUCGUAAUAUUCCUGGUGCUACAGAUUGCAAAUCUUGGACAAGUUGUAAUGGAUCGGAAGGAGGCUCCGAUAAAGAUUCGUUACUUAACUCUAGCGUUGACAGCCUAGAGUCAACGUCCUCAGCUAGUUCAAACAGUUCUAUUGGUGAUAGCUUAAAUUUUUCAAAACAGGUGACAGCCUCUUAUCCAGCAUUUCAGCUUGGAGAAGGUAAAACACGAAAUUUGCCAAAAUCUUUGCCAAGUUUUAAAAGUAUUUCUAGUCAGCCAACUCAGCUCAAUGGACAGUCUGUGAAAGAAAAUCAUAAGCUGCCCGAAGCUGUUGAAAAUGUUCCUCUCAAAACUGAAGAUAUUAAUCCAGUUUCUGUCCCAAAAGAUUGUGAAGUUAAUGUAAAUGAAUUACAUGUACCCAAACUGAAUGUGAUAAACAGGAGUCCAAGUAUUUCUCAAGGAGACAGUUCAUUACUUGUCUGUAAAGAUAAUUGUGAUCCACUAAGUAAGGAUAGAUUGGUAAAUAAGGAGACUCUUGGUAAACUUCAGAACUGUUUGUCAAAAAAUGCUGUGAUUGGAAAUAGUACCAGUGUGAUUGGAAAUAGUAACACUGUGAUUGGAAAUAGAACCGGUGUGAUUGAAAAUAGUGCUGAUGUUGAAAAGAGAGAAAACUUGCUCAGAUACCCAUACGUCUUUCCACAAUGGCGAAACAAAGAUGCUCUCUGUUGGCUAGAUGUAAUUUUAUGUUUAGUUGUUCAUAACGAAACACUGAAAUCCUACAUAUUCAGAGAUUCCUGUGAUAAGGAAAAAUUUAUCCAUAAACUGUUCAAGGCACACAAUCAAGCCUGCAUUAUGAUACAAGUAUCACAAAUGAACCAAACUGAACACUCUCCUGUUGUUGGUAUGGAACAACAUACGAGCAAAAUUGAUGAACAUUCAGUUUCAACUGUAAAUCAAGUGCAUCAGAGUAAUGGUGUCAGUAAAGAGAACAUUGUUAUUAGCAACGCUGGUGGUAAUGGUACUUGCUUAGAUAACAGUACUAGUGUAGAAACCCUUUUAAAUGAAGUCAGGGACGAGGUAUGGACAAAGUUACAGAGCAAACUGAAGUGCGAAAAGGGGCAGCACGAAAGCCCUGUGUUUGCAUUUCCAUUAGUUUUGAAGGAGGACCAAGGUGUUGAGGAGAAGUUUAGGAUGACAUACAGGUUUGAAUAUGAGUGCUCACAGUGUGGAAAAGUUGAGAAAACAGAUCAUACAAACACCCUUCCUACAUUCCCAGCUGUUAUUCAGAACUUCAAUAUUGGUGACCCACAACACAGAAAGACGUGUCCUCAAUGUGGCAACACUGCAGAUUCAAGAACUAUGGUCUACAAAAAGCUACCUGAAUGUCUGCUCAUGCAUUUUGUGGAAGGAUUACCAGAAACUACAUGGAGAGAGUUGCAGUUUGGUUUCCAUGGUUACUUGUAUACAGUGACAGGUGUUGUACAAUAUGUGAAUAAUCCCAAUCAUUUCAUAGCGUGGCUGAGAAAUCCAAAUGAUAAUAAAUGGUUUAAAUGUGAUGACUUGCGGCCAACAGUAUGUAGAAAAAGAAUCAAUGAGCCAAAAUUUCCAUGUAAGGAAAUACACAUUGUAAUGUGGGAAAGAUUACAGUUGAAGUCUAGAAUUUGUCGUCAGGUUGCCAUGGAUAUAGAUUCCCCUUUGCGUCAGCAGGAAUUAGAAAAGAACCUGAGCCUAGUUUGCUCAUCAGGAAGUAAGCUGAAACUAUCUGCAAAUGAAAGUGAUACUGCAUCGAAACAAGUAGACAUAUUAAGUGAAAACACCAUGAGUAAUGAUAAAACAAUAGAUACCAAGGUAAAAUGUAUAAGUUUGAACUCUAUUCAAGCACUAGACACAAGUCCAUGUUCUACGCGUAGUACUGAAUCUUCUGAUUCAUUGUUAUUGCCCAACUUCAUAGCCUCUACACCAGUGAGUGAAAGUGUUCUUCGUCCUAUUCCAGUGCCAAUUGUCAGUGUAUUACCACUUAAGAGUGAUAGGAAUGAUGUUUGUAUUAGAAAUGAUUUACCAGUGCAAGAAAAAACAGAACACGUAGACAGGUCAGAGUCAGAAAAUUCUGAAACUACUGGCUUGAACAAAGAACUGAAAGUGAAAAAUCCUGAUGUGAUAGAACAUUUGAAAGCAAUGAUAGAAAGCAGAAUAUCAGUAGGUGUUAAAGAUGAUCCAAAUGAGCAAACUGAAAGAAAUUGUCAGUCUGACUUACCUUGUUCUCAAAUAAGUGGACCAAAAAGCUUGAUCAAGCCAUCAACAGUAUUUUGUGUUCCGAAGAAAUCCAGUGACCUUGGAAAGAUAUCCCUUUCCAGUGGUGUAAUGGCAGCUCAUUGUAAUGGAGCUGUUAAAAAUGAAACUGUUUACCAAAACGUUUUUAGUAAGUCAAAAGAGAAGGGGACUGAAUGUGAUUCAGGUGUUAAAGAAAAUGAAUUAAAAGACGCAUCGAACAAAACCAUGGCUGAAAUAGAACUUCCAUCUAAACAAGGUGAGAAAAUGGAAGAAAAAGACAGUAAAAAUGAGGUUGAAAAAAAUACUGACAUCAUUAAAGAAAGUGAUAAAAAAAAGACUACGAAAGGACGUACCAGCUCCUCAAGACUUAGUCACAGUUCUAGGUUCAAGGUGCCAUUCAGUUAUAAUAAAAAGCCUCAUAUAUCAAGGGAUGCUUUCUUUACACUACAAACUGAUAAAAGUAGUCCAUGUUCAAGUGGAGAAAGUACACCGCUUUCCAUUUCAGCAUCCUCCUCACCAUCAUUAAGUGGCAAUUUAACAUACUUAAGCUCUGUUAAACAGUAUUUGCUGAGCAGAACAACAGGCAGGACAGACCCGAAAUUCAAAUUUGAGGGUCUGAAUUUAAAAUCAGUUUCCAGUAGAAGUAGUUCUUUCAAUUUUUCUGAGUUUUAUUUACCUGUAUCAAGUCACACAUCAAGUAAUGGUUCAGAAAUACCAGAAGUAAGCAAUUCGUCAAGUGACAAUAUGGAGGAUUCUCAGUCCAUGAGUGAUACUUCUAGUCAAAGUUCAAUAAUAUCAAGGAAAAGUGCUUUAGUGAAUAAAUUAAUCGAAAAACUUGAACAGAGUCCAGUUGGUGGGACUGGGAAUCAUACAACUUUGAAAAGAAAAUUAGAGAACAAUACAAGUAAGAACACAAAGAAGAAAGUUUCAGGUGAUACAAACAAGUGGGACAAAAUGUCAAAUGGAAAUACGUCGUUAAAAGAAAAUUCUAGAUUUCCCCACCGGAAAAAGAUGCCUGGUGGAAAGAGUAUGAAACUUGUCAGAAAUCUUGUAAAUGCAGCAGAACAAGCUAAUAUUAUGCAAGAAAAGAAGACAAAAUAUGACGAGGGUUCUACAGAACUGAGUGACAACAUGGUCAAAGCAAACGAAACAAAAUGUGACUCCGAAUCGGUGCUACAGGAUCUCUAUGAGGCUCUGAAUCUUCCAUUUAGUAAUGUGAAUGCUGCAAUGUCGGAUAUCAUGACGGACGUAGAUGAUAUACUUGACUUUGUAAAUGUUGGGGACGUGGUACCCGAUGAGCAUCAGAGUGAUAGACCGUUGUCUUGUUUAGGUGGCUCCAUUGCUGGGAACCAGAAACACUCCGAUUGUUGGAUAAGGAGACCAGGUCGUAAUUCUGCCUAAACCGAGAUGCCAUAUCUUAGAAUCACUCAUUUAUUUCUCAAAUAACCAUAACGUAUUGAUGGAAGAGUAGGUAUCGUGUGACUUAAACAAAAAGAGAAACUUAUAAAUAAUUAUUGCACUGACAUUGAUCAAAUAAAAAUUUGUUUUUCUUUAAUUAAACUGUGUAUUUUCAUUUUCAAAAAUAUAUUAUUUUUUUGCUCUUUCUUAAGAAGUAUUAAUAGCUUAAAUUUUAGUACCACAAAAAUUCCAAAAUCUUUCGAAUGCAAGCAGUUGAGGUAAUGAAAACACUGAAAAUAGGACUAGAUAAAGUGUUUGACCUAUUUAAAUACUUUUUAAGGAAUGCAGUAACAAUUUGUGUUACUUUUUUCAAAGAUUGUUUUAACUAAAGUCUUAAAGACUGCUGAACAAUCAUUACUUAACUGUGCUUUCUCACCAAAAAGCGGUAGUCCGGCGGGUUUUAAGGUUGUGUAAGCAACCUCAUACUGUAAGGAAUUAUUGCCUUUGAUCUUUCUUAUAAUGAUAUAUCUAAUUACCAUGAUAUAUCUCGGAAAAUGUUAAUGGUUAUUUGAAAAAUGAAAUUUUCACAUCUGCUCAGAAUGGACUGGUGUUAAAUAGCCUUCGAUUGACAUAAGGAAUUUAAAUAUUCAUGCACAUGUCUAACAGUGUCGAUUUCAGAUCUAAAGACAUUAUCUAUAAUUGCUUUUUUAAACGGUAUUUUCUGUUAUACUAGGCAAACAAGUUUAUACCUUGGCCUAGGUAUACAUGUGCAGACUCUGGGAUGAUUUGAUCUUAGACAUUGUGUCUCCUGGUCAUACAUCUUGGACAUUUGUUUCUGUACAGGCCAUGCUGAGUAUUCGCAAUGCUACAUGUAUGUAAGAAAUGUAUUAGAUCGGUUCAUUAUGCUUGACACACCUUUGAUCAUAUAACUUAACACUUUUAUCUCACGUCUGUCUGUUGGAUCCUCAUGUAGUUAGAUAUGUUCAUGUGGAAAUGCGAUCAAACUAGUUUGUGGAAGGUCUUUGUUUCUAUCAAAAUGUCCUGCAUAUUUGUGACAUCUGGAGUUUCACAGAACAAAAUCAUAAAAAAAUGACCCAGCAUGAUCAAGUUUCAUAUUUCCUACAAUAGGAUAAGCUUUAUAUAUCAACCAGCAUUUCAAGUUGAAAAACUGGUUGUUACUGUGGCUUUAUCAGCUUCGACUCGGUACUUAAUUUCAGACUGAAUUGAGCUUGGCCUAUAGCUUUAGGUUGCCUGUAUUCAUACCACUGUUGGGAUUUAAGUGUUGUUAGAAAGGUCAAAGUUUCUAAAAUUAGAAAAUCACCAGUCACACGUUAGAACAAAGUUUAUGCUGUAGCAAGCUGGUUUUGAUUUCCCCUAUAAAAUCACUAAAGUCAAGGUGACUGGUGCUAAAAAAAAAUUUAAAAAACACAAAAAGCUUUGUCACCUUUACAACUUCAGUAUGGGUUGAUAAAUCGGAAUGAAACUUGGUCUAAAACAGUAAAUAAUAGGGUUGCUAUUUCAUAUAGGAUCAGUUUGGUCAUGGUCGGUUUUACUGGAAGCCUGCUACCUCCUCAAAGUUAAACGAAGCAAAUGAGUUUUACCCUCUAGCAUUGUGUCUAGAGAGCUGAUCUAACUGCCACAGUUUGAAAGGCAAAUGUGCUUAGUGCGGUCAAGGUCAUUGUUACUAAGUAUAGAUAAAACAUGGUCUGAUCAGUACCAUUAGUCAAGGUGUUAGUAUGGAUUUCUUUGUUUAAAAAAUAUAAACUUAACAGGUAGCUCAUUUAUUGAGACCGAUGUUGGGAUUAAAUAUAGGUCAUUUGGGUAAAAUUAUUAUUGCUAAAUACAGACAAUACUUGCCUGAUUAAUUAUUAAGACAUGAUGAAGUCAGUCGUAGACUGGGCUUCAUAUCAGUAAGAAAGAAGUGUUUCCGCGGCUGAGUGUUGAAGAUCGCUGAAUUCAAAGCACUUGCCCGACCAAGCUGUGGGUUGGAACCUCUAUUGGGAUAUCGAAUGCUUUCGUGUUAGUAAGCCAUCUGCUGGCUUAUAGGAGGAUUUGAUGGUUCUACCCAGGUGCCCAACAGUGCCAGAAAUAAUGCACAGGUAGGCAUUUAGGCUGGAAAGUGGCCAUAUAACCAAUGAAUGUGUUGUUGUGAUGUUAAACCAAACAGCAAAUUUGACUGUAUGGUGGCUGUAAAAAAUCUCCCUGUACUUGAAUUCAGAUUUGUUAUAUUUUCUGUUCCUUUAUGGGAUCAUUGAGUCCAUUCAGCAUAUGUGUAAUAGAGUUUGUUUAAGUUGGUGCUAGGGGCAUGAGAGGUGUUGCACAUUUCAUUACCUCUCAUGAACAGACUCAAUCAAACCGAGUCUGCUAUUAUUCUGCUUGGUUGCAUUCUUUGCUUCCAAAGGAUCUUUUUACAGAUUUUACUGUUUGUUUCAUGUAGCGAAGAAUAUUUUCCAAGUUAGGGGUACAAUUUGCAUAGUAUUAGGGGUGCUUCAUUCUAGUUUUGCAUUUGAAGGACUAACAUUCUUUGUAGAAAUGGACAGUUAGAAAACGAUCAUCUUGGGAUGCUUUUUAAAACUGUACUUGAAACAAUGUAUAGUGUUUUGUUGUCUGCAAAUACUGUAGAUGCAUUUUCAGCUCAUACACACACAGCAAAUGUGACCAGAGCAUAACUACAAAAAUGACAGCUGCAAAAAAGUCUGAUUUGCAUUUGCAACAGAAGUUAUAUUCAUCAUUUUAAAAUCAGAAUGCUUUUUAUUUCUCUUGACAGAUUUACACUGGAACUUCCAAAAUGAAACUUCAGAGUUAUGUGUUGUAAUUCAGUCACCAUGCUGACAUUUGUUUUGAAAAUGUAUUAGAAGCACAAAAUGCUUCACCAGGUGUUACAGUGAAAAUGGUUUAUAAAAUGACCAGAUUGCUUUAUUUUGUAUUAACAGAUAUGGCUACAAUAUAUACAACACGAGAAUCACUUGUCUGGUUUGACCACUGUCCGACUUUUAGAACUGUCCGUCAUGUCCGAAGUGAGCAUUUUUACUUUGAACCAAAAUUUGAUGGCAACUCAACAAGUCUUGGUUCAAAGUUCUGUUGUCCGUAUGGUUGGUUUUCGUCCGUACAUACGUCCGUCCGUCUGUCUGUGGUAGAACCAAUGGUGGAAGUUUACGAAAUGGAGGAUUCAAGGAUGAAUAACAAUCGAUGGACCCCACACCACAUGAUGCAAGGGUUUGUAUCCAGAGAAGAAGACCUACCAGUAUGGAACACAAAAAUGAAUUUGGACAAUCAUCAACUUGGGUUCAGGACUACUGCUAGGAAAUUAAAUCUUAUUCAGUUGUGAAAUAAUGAGGAAUAAUACCAGUUAGUAAUGUGAGCAUAUUGUAGAAUUUCUUGUAGAAAGAAAAUGGUGCAAGUUUGAAAUUUGUUAAAUAAUUUUUGUUGAAUCAUGAAAAAAUACCUGUCAAAUACAGCCAGUUUGCUUUCAUAUUUGAUUCAGUUGUUAUUCUGACAAAGGCUGUAAAAAAGUUAAGUGCGUUGAGACACUUCUGAUAUACAAUCUUGCAUAAUCAGUUGAACAUUUUGUUAAAUGCCUCCAACCGUACUUUGAAGAAGAAGGGGUCUGUUGUUUUGCUCAUAAUCUGUUGUUUCCGUUGUUUCCUAUCAAUAACUGAGAAUGCUUGGUAUCACCAUGGCCAAACUUCAUUGGAUGAUUACCUGUGGCCAGUAGAUGACCCCAAUUACUUUGGGGUCAAUAGAUCAAAGGUCAAUGUCGCAGUGACCUUGAGACUGAAAACAGUUAAUUAAACAACGCUAUCGUGUUUGCCUCUGGUCAGGAGAUGACCACUCAUGUUUUUGAUGUUACUUGGUCAAAGGUCAAGGUCACAACACACAGAAUUAUAGUACCACUUGCCUCCACAGGCCAUCACAUGGGGUAGCAUUUUGUUUUACUAACAGUGCUCGUUAUUACAGAAAUGGAAAAUUUUCACUUUAACAAAUGUUAAUUUGGUCAGAAAACUUAGAUUAGCAUUCUGUUCCGUGUUUAGAUUGGAGCUGGGAGGGGAUAUAUUUUCAGCGCCUGUUUCUGAAAUUUGAAAUUAUUGUCUUCAGCAUUAUAUGCUGAUUCAGUAUAGACAUCAAUGCUCUGUCGAUCCUUUUAAAAAUGAAAUUAUAUGAUAAAUUUUUCAUCAGAGGGUCUUUAAAGAAUACAUUUGUUAUCUUGAUCCAUUUUAAAAAUAAUUACAUCACAGGAAAAAACUUAAUUGGUAAUAUGUGAACAAGUAUUUUGAUAAACGUUAUUUGCUAAUAUAUGAAUUGUUAAAUUGGGUCCAAAUACGUUAAUUUUUAUAUUGUUGAUUGUCGCUCUUUUGCCAAGCCCUAUAUAGGCUGUUAUCAGUUGUCAAAGGUAAUUCCCAUUACAUAUUGUCUGUACUCUCUGUGAAACUAUUCUUUGGUGGACAAAAAAGGUAUGUGCAAUGUUUUGUUGCGUAAAUAAAAAAAGAUUUAAAGUGA